UUCCGUGCGUCUAAGAAGCAGACCCAGCACCGAGUACACUGCGCGCCACAGCGGGCGGUUUGCGCUCAGCGAACUGCAGCAUCCCGUGCGACUCUUCCACUCCACUUCUUGUUCUUGUACUACAAUCGGUACUCUCUCCUUGGCAAGAGGGCUGAAAUCACCGGCUGCGUGAACGACCUUGCCCGCCACGACAGCUCCUCCGAGGGAAGCAGUGGGAGAGAGAGCCACUGGGCAGCCACGUCGACGCCUCCUUGCCCCAAGGACGCCAUCCGGAGCCACACCUCCCGCAGUGAGACCAAGGCAGGAACGGAGCGCUCACGUAGACCGGCAUUAUAGACCGAUCAACACCGGCGCAGCUAUGCCUUACACGCUGUACAACGUCUACGGCAGCCCGCCGUGCGCCACCGUGCGCAUGCUAGCCAAGCACAUCGGCGUCGAUUUGGAAGUGAAGAACGUGGAUCUUUUCAAAGGGGAGCAUUUGACGCCGGAAUACCUCAAGCUGAAUCCCUUCCACAAGGUACCUACCUUUUCUGACGACAGCUUCAUUAUAUAUGAAAGUUCGGCUAUAUGCUACUACCUGCUCAGAAAGCACGCCCCAAGUUCCGACCUCUACCCAGACUGUCCCAGGACUCGCGCUCGUGUCGACCAGGCUCUAGCCACGAUUACCAGCACCAUACAGCCUCACUACUUCAAGUUCUUUAGACCCCGCUUCUACGAGUUGACGAAGCCUACACCAGAGGAUGUGGAGCAGUUCGAGGAGAACGUGAUCAAGGGAUUCGAGCACGUGUUGGGAGAAGGAAACUACGUGCUGGGUGACAAGCUCAGCCUCGCUGACCUCAGCUUGGUGGCUCACCUUACACUUGUCUUCGAG